AUGCGGAACCUUCACGCCACCGGGGGUGGCACUUUAGGUAGGAAGCGAUGGUCGCUCGGUCGCCAACUCCCUCUCCGAAGGCACCGGAGUUGCUCUAACGCCCGAUCUCCAGGUGGUGAGCGCCUGCGAAAACAGGAGAAUAAAAUAAAACGGAUAGAAUUAAGAAUAAUCGGGGCUCUGCACGUUUCACAAAACUCAGAAAUUUGGGGAAACAGCCACAACACUUCUUUUUUCUCCGAUGAUGGAAAAGUUACUUACGAUGCUAUCAAAGAGAUGACAUAUAUGAACCAGGUUCUUGACGAAACUUUACGAAAAUACCCUCCAGUGCCUAUUCUAAGUAGAGAAUGUGUUAAGGAUUACAGAAUCCCCGGAGAAGACAUGGUUAUUGAAAAAGGAACCAGAAUACUAGUACCAGUUCUAGGCAUCCAUUGCGAUGAAGAAUAUUAUCCCAAUCCUGAAAAAUUCGAUCCUGAGCGUUUUGAUGAAGAAAAUUCGAAAAAUCGACAACAAUAUUCUUACAUUCCUUUUGGAGAAGGCCCUAGAAUUUGUAUAGGUUUGAGAUUCGGUAUCAUGCAGUCAAAAGUAGGACUUACUUCGUUAUUGCAAAAAUACGAAUUUACGUUGAAUGAUAAAACUAAACAACCCAUGAAGUUUGCAAAAAAUUCUUUUAUAUUAGCUGUUGAAGGCGAUGUUUGGUUGGAUGCAGAAAGAUUAUAGACAUUAAAAGAAAACAAUUUUGUUCAUACAUUUAUAGUGAGAUUUAACAAUAUAUUUGUUACUUCAUUGUAAAAUCUAUAUUUAAGUAGUAGUGUGCAAUAAAAUGUGGCGCUUGUCUCUGUUUUCAUUUAGAAGGAAAUAUUUGAUUAUUAGUAGAAAUAUCGACAUUCCGCAAUGUUAUAGCGAGGUAGAGCGUUGUUCAAAUUCUUCUUAAAUUCCUGAAGAGUUCAUCUUUGAAAGUAAGCGAAACGGUCGUUAUUGUUUUCCACAUACAAGUGGAAAAGUUGUCAGUUAA